AUGGAUGUUGUAACCUAUGCUGCUAGGUUUUGGAACAUUUUGGUUGUGGUGUUGGUGUUGUUUCCCAAUAAGAAAAAAAUGACUAGUCCCAGUAAUAAAGAUAUCGUUGCAAAUAUUUCAACGAUUAAAGAUGACGCAACAGAGGCAAUAGUCGACAAAAUAGAAACAAAUAAGAAAGCUUCAGAUGUAGACUAUGAAAUCUACGUUCAAUCGACAACGAAAGGUCAGAGAUGGGAGGGCAUUAACCGUUCCUUCUCCCAAGACAAAGAUUCUUCGCUCGGAGACGUCGAUAAAAAUGAUUGCCAAUUGGAUGAUCUUACAGAAAAUGAAAAUAAGAGUGGUAAAAUCGCAGAGAAUGAGGAUGACAAGGAUAGUAUUAAUUUACAAGAUAUAGGUCAGUUGAAGCGGAAUGGUGAUAAUUCUAGUAUUAUUGAGACGAACACCCAAACAGCAUGUUCGUCGCAUCCUCAAAGAGAUAAUGUGGUGACCACCCACUUUCAUGUAAUGGUUCCUAAAGGGUUAUCUAAAAAGUCUGUGGUGUUUGUUAUCGGCAGCAUAAAUGAAUUUGGGAAAUGGAGGAAUGGCAUAAUAAAGCUCAAAAAACACGAGCGAAACUCCUUGUAUUGGCAUUCAGAUAGUGUCAAAUUGCCAAUAUCCACUCUGCAAGGUGAACCGAUCAGAUAUAGAUAUUAUAUUUAUGAUGGGAUCCAUGUUGGUCCUAUAGAACUUCUGAAACAGUUGAUCUUGAAUGAAUCAAACGAACCAGAGAUCCCUGAUAUCAAUACUGGCGAGUGGCACGAGGAACCUGUAAUUCGAAAUUUUGUUUCCAAAGAAAACCAAUAUGAUUUAUGGAGAUCAACCGAAAAAUACAAAUUAAAGGAAGAAGAUUUACGGAAUCAUUAUCCAUUUCUUUCUCUUAUUUAUGAAUCCGUGACAAAGAGCUCCAUGAAAGAAAAAAUAAUGGAAUACGAGGAUAUUGUAAGAAAUGACUCGGUCAUUUUGGGUCUGACCGGUCAUUUUGUUUUGAAGAGUUUUGGAGAUUCUAAUAAUACUAUCGAGAAAAAAGCAUUCUUGUGCGUAUUGUUGAGCUACGUUAUAAAUGAAAGAAAAACCCAAGCAUCACAUUGGCUCAACCUUCCGGAAAAGUUUCCCGCUCUCGCGAUGUUGAGAACUUUUAAGGAUAUUAACAUGGACGAUCUACCUCGGGAUGUUAUUGCAAUGUUUGCACCACUCAUUUGCGCACUAGUAAACCAUAUAUCAACCUAUUCAUCCAAAUUCGAAUGGAUGGAGGUCUUUGAGAUCGCUCCUGUUAUAGAUCCAAAUUAUACAUUCCUAGAACAAAUCAAUACUCCCGCAUAUACUAGACGAAAUGCUUCUGAUUUUUUUUUAUCCCUUGAAAACAUCGCGAAACCGUACAUCGAUGACAUUCAGCAUGAAACUACGUACGUUAAAGUUUGUAAGGCUCUCUUAGACUUAUGUCAAGAUAUUGACGCAGUCGUAUUUUUAUGGAAAUCAAUUUUCCUUCUCGAAGCGAAAACCAAUCAGCAUCUUGUCCAGUCUUCACUUGGUCUCAUAAGAAAGCUCAUAUCAGAUGGCAAUGUUGAAGAAUUGUAUAAAAAUCUCGGGAAGAUUCCUGAUGAUUUUGGAAUUGAUUCAGCUACAGUGUUUCGCGCGGCAGUUUUAAAACAAUUGAGCGGUACAGGAGUAACUUGUAGCAGAAAUGAUUUGGAUUUAAUGCUUAAGUUGCUCGAUGAUGUAAGGUUAGGUUGGGAAGUGGAUUCUACAUUUCAGGCAUUAUAUCAAAUCUCGGUUUCACGAAAUUUAGAAAUGUUACAAGUAUUUACAAGUCGGCUUGAAAGUUUUCUUAGAAAAUACUCAUUAGAUGAUUAUUUGGAAAAUAGAAAAGUCGAAAAUAUUUGUUUUCGAUGGUUCAGGAGUAUCUUAGAUAUCAAGAAAAAAUCCAAGCUCAUCAAAGAGGAUUUUGCGUUCACAAUUUUUCAUCAUCUCACCAUGAUAUAUGUUAUCAUUAUCAGCUACCAUAUUCCGUAUGAAGAACUUUUUAAAAUUGCCAAAGAAGAAACCAAAGUUCUUCCGGAUAACGAGAUUUUUAAUGCUGCCGCCAAAAUUGGAAAUUUUAAAAUAGAAGAAAUUAUCGAGGCUUUUAGUAUCUUAUUGAAGGAAAAAUUUGGUCCAAAUGUUAAAAACGAUGAUCGUUUAUUAGAAAAAAUAAUGAAAAUAUGUGACUCUCGCAAUAAUAAGUUGCACGUUCCGAACAAACUGUGUGAGGAUACUGUCUUUCAUAUAUUAACAAGGUUACACGAGAAUCUAACAAAGAUGAAUAUGGAUAUCACAGACGACAAUUUUCACAAGGAAUUGCUAAAUUCUUCAAAAUUUUGGGUUUGCGUUUUAAUGGCAACUGGGUCUGUUGAGCAAAUUCACAAAAAUCACGUCUAUAUUAAUAUUGUUCAACAAGCUAUCAUCCAACUGGCUACAAAGCUAAAAGACAAAUCUAUAAAAAUCAAUAUACUAAAAGGAGUUCUUGAUUAUGAUGACAAACGGUUGUUACCAUACUUUGCCACCAUUAAUGGAUCAUCAACUAACAUUACGCAGAUAACUCUUAAUUCACUUCGAAAUGACUACGAAACGUAUUUAAGAAAGUUAGAUGAUCUCAACACCUUCUACAGACGAUUUUGUGUGGACACUGCAGAUGCACAGAAAUACAUUAACGAUCUGGAGUUAAAAUCAAAUUCAAACAAUGUCACACUUGAGGAUGUUCUCGAUGAGAAUUUUUGGAAACUUCAUAAAUUAAUCAUCACUGCAGCAAAACGCUCAUACAUCUACGCUAAAUCUCAGACGUUCAAAAAUGUUUUUGAAAAGCAAUUGAAAACAUGUAAAAUGACAUUGACCGUCGAGCUGGUCGCCACAAAAUUCAUGCCCAUGACAUUUUCCCAGUAUGACCAAAUACGGACCGAAUAUGAGGACUGGCAAAAACUUGAUUGUUUAAAGAUUAGUUCAUUUUGGAAAGAUGCAAUGAAUAUCGAUAAUGAACUUGAACUCAUGUCACGAGGUAUGAAAUGGAAUUCCAAAGAUAAUUUGAAAACAGCGAUCAGUUAUCUUGCGAGCAUUAAGCAGUGUAUGGACAGGCUCGGGGAUUUAGAAAAAACCUUGGGAGUUUUUAAAGUGCAAAAUGUAACCGAAAGUUGGGUAGUUAAGGUACAUAACAAGCUACGCAAAGAACCGCUAUUACUCGGAGAUCUAUUUAAAGCUAUUAAUGAAAUGAACAAGCAUAUAGAUAAUUUUAAUGAUAAUUGUUGGGAGAUGGUUCGGGCGUUGUCUUACGCAGGUGAUUUUGUUAAUUGGCUUCGGGAAAUUGCAGAUAGUGACUUGAGAAAUUUAUUUAAUGGUGUGGCCGAGAAACAAGAAAAAGAAGAAACGGUUGGUUUACUAAUCGAAGUUAAGCAAUUCUUGGUACCUCUAAUGAAUGAACUAAAACUUUUUAAAGAAAGCAGUGCAACACAAAUGAUUAUAUAUAAAUUCCUAGAACAGAUACGUGGAAUAAUUUUAAUGAACGAUUCUUUGCCCGAUAAAAUUUCAAAGUGCUGUUCCAAUAGUCUUGCACUUCAAAACAUAUAUUUCAGCAUUUUUGAUAGGGGAGAGAAAACCAAGGAGUUUAUCAGGGAUGCUACGACUAGAGGUUCCUAUAAAUUUAGCCGGGACAAAAACCAUGAUAAGUGCGUGGUAAAAUUAUCCUGUAAAGACAAGAAUGGAGAGAUAGUUUCUUAUGACUUUUCAGGGAUACAAGAUUUACAAGGGCAGGCACUCUUGAUUGCGAAGCAGGCAGCAUCAGCCUUUGUUCUACGCCUGCCGGUUGAAAACGGGAAUAGUUUAGAACAUGGGACUGAUGAAUUAAUGAAUUUUGUUCAGCAAGUAUAUGUAGUAAACCAGAUUGUUAAAUACGCAUCUUAUUUAAUGGAGCUUGGUCACUUUUCCUAUAGAAAGUGGGAAAAAUCUGUGAACUCUGCGGAAAUAAAUUCAAUGCUCGAAAAUCUCAGAGAAGAUCUUCAAAUCUGGGAGAAUGAUAUGAAAAGGGCACAGGAUCAGCAUUACUAUUUAACCUUUUACACUGCCAGACAUAUUCUAGCGUUCUAUGAUUAUUUCAAUUACCCAGUUAAUCAAGAAAAUCGCGAGAUAUGUGAAAUAUUGCUUCAGUUCGUUAGUAAAAAGGCAAAAUUACUAACGAGUGAGCAGAGCAUAAAAAUCGAUACGGAUAAAAGGGAUUUCUACGAAGUAUUUUGCAUUAUUGGAAAAAAGUUAAGCGAAAUAUUUGCACAAACAUCUAAAUGUACCAAGAAGAUUGAGUUCAAACUUGAACCAAUUAUCUCAGAUGUUGUCUAUAAUGGGAAAUUGUUUGUCGCGACGUGCACUAACGCUUAUCGCGUACCAAACAUUGUCAUGUCUCUUUAUGCGAAUCAUGGCUCGUAUCCUGAACCAUGGCAACUGUUGAUGUGCAGGGUUACUACAACAGCCGAAGAACUUUCAAUUUUCAUCAAGCGAUGUUUCCUUGCCGCGAAAAAUGGAUAUCAAGAACGACUAUUUUGCAUUGCGGGUUUGGAGUCCCUUGAAUUAGAGUUACAGUAUAAUUUGGUCAAUGAUGUACGGAAUUUUCAGAGAACUGAAACUGACUAUUAUUUGGCUUUGAUAUGUUGCCAAGAGAAUGGUAUUCAUCAUCACAUUCUCGAUCAAUUUUCUGAAUAUGUGCACACCACCAACGGUCUUAAUGAGGACAGUAUGAAGAACAUUUACGAAAAACUUUGCCCCAAAGUCUUUUGCGUCACCUCAGAAUUAUCCGGUCAAGGAAAGACCGAGUAUGUAAGGCAAGCCAGUUUCAAAGUAGGCUUAAUUUCUCGAAGUUUGUUUAUAGGUGAUAAUGUACAUUUUGACGAGCUUGUCAGUAAGCUCAGUGAAUUCAAACUCAAACCCAUAGAGAGUUUGCAUUUGAACGUCAUGCCUGUUAACAAUCCUUACGACGUUAACGGUUUGUUUUUUGAGUUUCUAACACUCGGAGUGAUUUCAAACAAAAAGGGUAUUGUGCGCCUUCCAAAACAGCAUGUAUAUAUCGAGAUUUCAUCAACCCAUGGUCAACAUCUAUUAGAUUCGAUUCCGAUUGUGCAAUGCCUUAAAAGGAAGCAUUUGAGAUGGAACGUUAAUAAUCUUAUUGUCACGAACGAAUUAAACAGCCAGAUACAAGUCGUAUCUCAUUAUUUAGACGCACAUGAUCGUGGAGAACUUGAUGAACGGGAUAUUUCAUUUGUUGGAUAUAAUGCUUUAAAAAAACCCAUAAAUGCCGGGAGAUCUCGUGAGUUGAUACAGAAAUACUUUCUAGAUAAGAACGAUAAAAAUGCCGCAUCAUAUCGUUUCGUGGAAAUAUUUUUAAACGUGUUUGCAGAUCAAUUAAUUCGUUUGUCUUCGAGUUCAUUUUUCAAUAUACACAAUCUUAGACUGAUGGUAGCAGAUAACAGAAUUCGCACAACAUUGCUAGAAACUUUACUGGAAGUCUCCAAAGAUUUUGCGACACGUUCUAUUAAUACGAAAGCAGCUCAGUUACAAUCAACGCAGAACACAAGUAACGAUCAGCUAGAAACCAUUGUGCAAUGGGAUUCUACCAAUCAUCUCUUGGUCUUCUUCCUGUCUCAGACGCCGGAUUCCAUUUGCGCUCUUUAUCGUGAACGAUCAAAAGUACCGCUUAGCGUAAAACGUUUAUUGAAGAGUCAAGAAAUUAACGAUUUUAUGGAACCGCAAAAGUGGUGGGAGUUGGAAGAUUAUCACACCAUGCCGGCGAAUAAGCUACUAGAUAAGUUAGAAUUGAUAGCACGAACGUCGACAGGCGAAAGGAAACUCCCUAAAUAUGCUUUGUCGGCGGACAAUCUCCUGAAGAUGGCGCUUAUUUUAUUGCGGGCUCGUGCAAACAUUCCUGUGGUUAUUUGCGGCGAGGCAGGUUGUGGCAAGACGAGUUUGAUUUCCUUUCUUUCAACGGUAGUUGGAGUUCAAUUCAAGGUGCUUUCACUUCACGCCGGUAUACGUGAAGAUCAAAUUUGUGAAUUUAUAGAGAAAAGUACAAAGGACGCUGUGAAUGGUCAGAUAUGGCUAUUCUUUGAUGAAAUCAAUACUUGCAAUCAUAUUGGACUUUUGGCCGAUCUUAUCGCGCACCGAAUACUAUCGGGAAGAAUAAUACAUCAUAACAUUCGCCUAUUUGCGGCGUGUAAUCCUUAUCGAUUGCGCACAAAAAAUGCGAGCAGCGUGGGUUUAGAGAAAAGCUACCAAGAACAGAGCAAGUUAGUUUAUCAAGUGCAUCCAUUGCCUAAUCAAAUAUUGGAUUAUGUUUGGGAUUACGGCGUGCUCAAAGCCGAGGAAGAGAGAAUUUAUCUUACACCGCAUCAAGGAUCUGCAUCAUCCACCUCGGACGGGAUUCUUAAGGUUUUCGAGAAAGCGGAAAGACAUCAAAGAGCAAGCUCAAAGAAGUUCCUUGUGCAAUCGGUUGUCCUACUUGAUGAAGUUGGUUUAGCGGAGACUAGUCGGUUUAAUCCCUUGAAAGUUCUUCAUUCCCUUUUAGAACCUAAUUAUCCUGAGGAAGGUCCAAUAGUAUCAGUUAUUGGUAUCAGUAAUUGGCGUUUGGAUAAUAGUAAAUCGAGCAGAGCAUUGCUCGUGCAAAGGCCAAAAUUCGAUCUCGAAGAUCUUACUAUGACUGCCACCAUGCUUUUAGAUGAUAGGACUAAUGCGAUCGAUGAUCUCAAACUCAAAAAACUCGCCGAAGCUUACCUCAAUUACGAGAAGAAUCAAAAAUUUAAAAAUUUUCAUGGACUUCGGGAUUAUUAUGCUCUGGUGAAAAGCCUAAGCGGCACCGAACUAACAAUGAGAUCAUUAGAACUGGGGCUGUCUAGAAACUUUGGGGGGACAGAUCAGACUAAAGUAAUAUGCGAAAAGUAUUUCGGAGAUGUAUUGAAGAGUUUCGGUAAAAGCAAGUAUUAUAAAUACACACCGACUCCAUUAUUACAACUUGUAAACGAGAAUUUGAGUCGAAAAGAUACGCGGCAUUUAAUGAUUAUCGGGAAAAGUGACUCCUUGGUUAACAUUUUAACAUAUCAUAUGCGGUCUCAACAAUUAGACCCUAUUAUACUAUGUGGAUCACAAUUUCCUGAUGACGAUGAUAGUGAUUACAUGUGCGCUGUUUUGAGCCGAAUAAUGAUGUGUGUCGAGGCAGGAAGACCUUUGAUUCUCACUGAUUUGGAUGUUAUCUAUGGAAGUCUCUAUGAUCUAUGGAACCAGAAUUACAUUACUCUAAGGAAUCAUGGUGACGUGAAAUACUUUGCGCGUGUCGCGCUUGGAGCUUAUUCUAAUCCAAUGUUACAAGUACACCCAGACUUCAAAUGUAUCCUAGUGAUGGAUGAAAGUAAACUUGCACGCGCUGAUCCUCCUCUGCUUAAUCGAUUUGAAAAACAACGACUGACGUUCAAUGACAUUCUCACGAAACGUCACAUGAAACUCUGCGAAGAGUUGAGUAUAUGGGUUCGGCAAAUAUCAACAUUAAACGGAAUGGAAUUCCAAGGAGUGAUAAAGGAAUUCACCGAAAAGGAUAUUUUUGUGAGAUUCGAUAGAGAGGAAACCAUUCAGAGCUUAGUAUUUAAUCAGUGCACGAGUGAUCAAGACAUGGAUUAUGUUAUAAUUUUGGAGAGGUGCAAAGAGAGGUUAAUGGCAAUUGCCUCAUCAGAUGGUGUUAUUCGUGCAAGGCAAUCAAUCUUGGCCGCACAGAAUCCUAAAGAGGUCGCUGAAUUGAAUGACAUUUAUUUCAACAAUGGGUUACACGAUGAUAUCGAGUCAUGUUUAAGAGUACUUCUCGGUGAGAAAGAUAACCGAGAAAAUCGAGAGGCGCAGUUAAUUAUUAUCAAUACAUUUUCUAACAUAAAUACCGACAUCAGCACUUGCUUAGACUCAUUGGUGACCUGUCAGGUGGAUAAACUCUCAACUUUUAAGACAGAGGCUCAACUCCAGGAUCGGAUAAAGCAUUUUUGGUUCGAUAGUGACGUUGAACUUCUGGUUUUGCAAUGUGACCUAUUAAUGAUAAAUUCUGGUUGUAUCAAGUUAGCAAAAUUUAUUAUUGAACAAAUUAGAACAAAAUAUCUAGAGAAAAAACGCAAAGCAGAAAUUGACUUACCGACUAAACACGCGUGCAUUAUUCUACACAUUUACCGCGACCAAAGUGAAGCUUCCGUUUCGUUUGAUUUUACGUGUGGAUGGAACCUAGUCACCGUCGGAACACUGACCCGUCAAGAAAAGAGCCUACCCAUCCUUUUAGGGAAAUCUAUCAAGGAUGUCAUGAAUUUAACCUUGCCAUUUGAAGAAAUCUUUCAGCAGGAAUACCUCGUUGAUGAAAUUCCAAAACAUCCGCGACUUAUAGAAGCUUUUAAGCAAAAAAUAUUUAAAUGGUUAGACGAAAAUACUACGGCAAAUUGGCAAUUAAAAGCUGUUUCUGAAAAGAAGAUACUUUAUUUGCAUCCUUCCCUUUCCGCCGCCCUCCGAAUGUAUAUUCACUCCUUAGUGAGAAAUCAAAUUGCUAAGCUGAUAUAUGCUCUCGAGAAACUUUCCGCUCUAAAGACCUUAUUGAUUAUCGAAUGCGAAAACAACGUUGGUAAUCUUCUCGAGUUUUGGUAUCAAACGUUCGCCGACAAUAAUGUUAUUAGUACAGACACUUUGACAAACCCAAAACCUGACCAUUAUCGCCUAGUGAAUGGUCCAUAUAAUCUAGAUUUUCCUUUUUCGUACUAUCUCGUCGAUCAAAUCAAUAAUUGCAAGAAAUUUUAUCUGGAGGAUAUUAAAAUUCUUGAGGAAGAUAAAAACAACGUUAAUAAGGUCACGGGACAACUACUAAACGGUGUGCUUACCGAUAAUUUUAGAAGAUUCCAAAAUAUUUUAUCAACAUCAGUUCUAAAGCACGUGCCUAUUAAAGAAGCAGCUACUUUAUACUCUAAAGACUUUUUAACAAUAAUAUCUUCGGGUGAUAAUUUCAAACUUCUGGAUCUUUUGCUACGUCGGCGUUUGGGUCAAAAAUUAAUCCUGGAUCCUGUUAGACUUCAUACAUAUUGGUGGGCAAAAUCUAACAUUAUAAUUGCCGAAUUACAGUUAGCCAAACUUUGUCCUUCUAUUGUUAAGGAGAUAAACGAAGACAUAAAUGAUGAUUUUGAAAAUCUUAAUAAAGACCUUCCGGAUAUAGUUAUUCGGUUAAUGUUAGAUCGUCUCCAAAUAAUAAGGACCGAUAUAAAACAGUUUCAACAGUGGCAGCUCGAUUCACCUAAAGUGCUUUCCCUAUGUUCCAAGCUCCUUACGGAUAGUUUUUCAUCGUCUUUUCAACUCCUCCGCAUAUGCAAUGACCUUAUUUCAAAGCAGAUUAUUACUUUCAACAAUCUUAAAAUAAUCCCAACACUUAUAGACUACGGCCAAACUUUCGGUGUUUCGGAUAAGACAUUUGUGGACUAUAUUUUAAAACUAAUUGAUAAAGAUGUUGCGAUGAGACAAGAUUUUUACUUGCAAAUUUUGAACAAUGAACCUCUCGAAUCUCCUGUUUGUUUGCACCUCUAUCAUAGUUUGUUUUCACAAGCUCAACCAUUUCCAUUUACGACUUUCACGAUACUCAGCAUAUUUCGCGCAGAAGAAAAAGGAUAUAAUGGUAUAUUUUUGGCUAUAAUUAGAAAUUCCAAUAGAACAUCGCCGGGGCUAUAUAUAAUUAACAAAAAACUGGAGAUGAAUCAGCGCGAUUCGCAGUUAUUAGCGUUAUGCUGCGAUGUCCUUCAAAAUUCAUUCUUUGCUAAGAUGGAAAUAAGCAAACUCCUAGAACUAUUUCAAUAUGCGAUACAAAACUUAUAUGCCACUGGUGCUAAACAGACAGCCCUUCAGCUUAUUUGUUCCAUAGCACUGUUGAAACAGUUUGUAAAUGACUUAUUGACUCCCGCAACUCUGGACAAUGCCUUCACUAUACCGAUCAAGUUUAACUUAACAGAUUCAGAUGGAUUUAUUGGUCGUUUAAAUAAUCUGAUGCGAAAGUCGCACCCACAGGUCCAGUCGUUCAAAUUCUACUUUCUCAAGAUUUUGCGAGAUCGUGGUCUCUCAAUAAAAGACCUUAGACAAUUUCGUGAUUGUCAGCAGAAAACUUUACCGUGGCUCGCCGAUUUACCAUGGGAUAAUGAUGACGAUUCUCAUUUGCCCUUUAACCCCUACAUUUUACUCAGGGAAUAUGAAGAGAUAGAAUACUCCAUUGAAAGAAAUAAAUUUGACGAAUUAUUAUGCACUAUAUCACCUGCCAACCAGGUUGACCUAAAAAUUGCCUUUAUCGGGGUUAUUUCAAUACGUUUAUACUCAGUCAUCGCCACACGUCGUUUAGAUAAAAACGAAAAUAAGUUAAAAAAUAGCCUACGAAAAAAUUUGGACAAGAUGAAUACAACACCUGUUUAUAAGGAAUUUGCAAAAAAACUUUUAUCUAACGAUCACCCCUUACUAAAGAUUCAACAGACAGGUGAAUGUGGCAGAACCAUGCAAACUCGAAAGUGUCCAACAAAAGGGUGCGCUUUAAUGUUAGGUGGACAAAAUCAUACGUCGGCUCCUGGUCAACAAAGAUUAAAUGCGAACCAAAUCACAACAGAAGAUAAAAAAGGUUAUUUAGUAGAACAAGGAACACGAGAACACGCCAAGAAUGUUCGAAAAAUGACUCCAAUUUCUUAUCGUAUACUACACCUCUUUGUCCAUGUUCUCAUUACUGCCUCUGAGUCUUCCACAACGAUCUUUAAUAAUGUCAAUCCUGUCGAGUAUUGUUUAGAUCACGUUAUCAAAGAUUGGGAAGUGUUGAAAGCUCUUCUUAAUUGUAAUAAUGAGAACUUAGCUUUGAUAUUACACGACAUACUUCUUUCUAUGGCUCAAGAUAAUUCUUCUUUAAAUUCCAUGUUGAGAACAAAAGAAGAGCGAACAAAUUGGGAACUUUAUUUUACCACCAAAUACAUUAAAAACCGGGUUAAUAAUCCUAAUGCCACCGCAUUGAACUUAUAUAGUAGACUUCAGCGGACUAAAGAAGAUAUAAAGAAGAAACAUUGUGCUUUCGAAGCAGAAAUAAACGAGACUAUGGAGUUAGAUGAUGCAUAUCAUGAAGAAAGGCUUCCUAGAUUGUGGAGACGUAUUGGAAGUACACGUUUUGAUAACUUUAGCGCAUAUUAUGCAAAUAAUAGCGAAAGUUACCCUGUUAUCGCAAUAUUUUUCAAGUACGAAAAGAACCUACCGCAUUUGAAGCAUUUGUAUCACCUAGUGAAAUUUUCGCAUAUUCUCACAUCACGUCUUAGCUAUCGUAUUAAACGGGAUCAAGCAUUAAACAUGACUUUCCAAGAGUUUAUUGACAGUGACGAAAAUGCAGACAAGUUUAAUGAAGAAUAUGAUAAUUUUGCGGAUUCUUGGAAUACAAUAAUGCCUCUUAUUAAACGAUAUCAAUGUCAUGAAAUACCUGCCAAUAAACCCGUGAUGAAUCUGAAUUGUCCGAUAAUCUACGGUCUUAUUGAUAACAAAGAUGAAGGGUUAUUUUUAUGUGCUGCACUAGAAUAUUUGGUCGACCUUCAGAAUAGAUUCCUAUAUGAGGUUUCGAAUAUCCCACCUAGAGCGUGUUAUUCGUUGAAAUUUCUCGAGCAGCAAGAAGGGAUUAACUCCGAUGUAAACAACCCGUAUAAUAUUAGAGCUGUACGACUUGAAGAUGCUCGACAAGAAAAUUUUAUUAAUUACGUAUGGGAUCCAAAACUUCUUGAACACAGUCAGUGUAAUCUUGAAAUUGGUAGCGGCAAAGAGAUUGCUUAUGAUUUACGUAAAAUAGAAGCGGAACUAGUACAAGACCUUAUUCUCAAUAAGACCUACUUAGAACCAAUAGAACAAGACGGACAUAUAUUAGAACCAUUCCCCUACUAUAUGGAGAUGUUCCAGGGUUCCACAACCAUACUACAUGACAUCAAGGAAAUGAUUAAACAGGAACCAAUACCGCAUAAUAUGUUGGCACAUCUUACUGGAAACGCUCCUAAAUUUUCCAGCAAUUCAAAGCGCGUAGAAAUAAUGUUUUCUGGCAAUGAAUCAUAUCUGUUAUCCUCUUUAGAAUUACUUUUAUGCUUUAUAAAGAGAACUGUGAGUAGUGAUGGCAACAUGACCAUCAAAGAAUACAUCCAACAAUGGAUAAAACUCUCUGUCCUCUCAGAAAACAAAGAACUAAAAAAAGUCCUGAAUAUCGGUUUAAAGCUCAAGCAUAUUAUUGCACUAUAUGAACUUGUUGAAGAGAAAGUUGCCAAUAUUGUGAUGGAGAGCGUUUCCUCGAGAUACAAGUCAGAAUUAACAAGUCAAAUGGAAUCACAGAUUCUUUUUGCUUGCUCCUUUGAAGACAAAAAUGCCAAAACAGAAAGACUCAUUCCGGUUAAAGCAUUCACUUUAGCAUUAAAACGAUUUGUCCUACGAAAGUUAUCAGUAGAAAGUAUUCACGAAGAUCAUCCGUUAUCGGUUUAUUUAACAGAAGCAUCUAUUGGAUGUUGGCCAGAUGAUAUCGACGAAGAUUUGAUUUUGGACACAUUUCCCAAAUCACUUCUAAUAAAAAAUGCGCAUGCAGCAUAUCACUUCGCGAAAAAUAGGGUGGAGACGAUAGAAACGGAACGAAAAAACGUAGAAAAACAGUCGAAACUUGGAUGCAAAAUCUAUGGUGAUGAACAAGAAUAG